AUGGAAGGAUCGAAGAUGUAUAAUUCCAUAAACCCAGUGAACUCAAACAACUCAGGUGAUACAGAGGAGAGUGCGAAGCAGCAGUCAGGCGAAAUUCGUAGCGAUGACGUUUCUAGAGUGAGCAGUGAUGGAGAUGCAAGUGUCAGCCUGUCUCAAAGCAGUCUCAUUCACACCAAGAUAACAGCGCAAGACAACCCAUUUGCGGAAGACAAGGAGCCUGCAGUCGAAACGAUAAUGCACAAAAAACAGCUGGUGAACCCCAACAAGAAUUACCAAGGCCAAUCAAAUGGAGAUGAGGAAGAGGACGAGGACGAGAACUUGCAGGUGGCACGGAAGUAUGCAAAUGAUAGAACAGAUGUGUACAGCCACAAUGACAGCAGCGCGGGUAGUAUAAACGUUAGUCCCGACACUAGAUCGCAACAUGACCAAGACCACCACUCUCCAGAUAAGGUUUAUAUCCUGGAGGCCUCCAAAGUUUCAGAGGGUCAGGGGAGAACGUACAUCGCUUACACGAUCAAGUUUGGCAACUCCAUGGUAAGAAGGAGAUACAGCGAGUUUGAAAGUCUCAGGAAGAUCCUGGUGAAGCUGUUCCCCAUGACGUUAAUCCCUCCUAUCCCAGAGAAACAAUCGAUAACAAGCUACGGAAAGUCAAUCGCAGGAUCGAAGUCAAGCUACCUGUUGCCAUCAGAGGCUGCUGGUUCGGUCGACUUGUCCUUAUCAGUAAUAAAUGGGUCCGUCAACACGAAUGAUGAAAAGCUUAUCCGACACCGGAUAAGAAUGCUUACGAGCUUUUUGAACCGUUUGUUGAAGAAUAAAGAAAUAACAAAAACCUCUAUCAUCACAGACUUUCUUGAUCCCAACAACACAAAUUGGAACGACGUGAUAACAAGUUCAGCAACUAUCUCAUCUCUCCCAAAGAGUGUUUUACAAUGCAAUCCUCUUGAUCCCACAAACACCACAAGAGCACACACAUUUCUUCCUGUCCCAUCUUCAUCAACGCAACUUCUUUUGAAUAAGGAGACCUUGACGCCCGUGUCCGGUGAAGAUGAGGAUGAUGGUUUUACAAAAAUUGAACAGGAAUACAAGCAAUACGAACAAAUUUUGAAUGCAGGGUUUUACAAAUAUAACAAAAGAAUAACGAAAAAUCUAUUCGCGCUAAAACAAGAUAUGAAGGAGCUUAGCGAAGCUUUUGCGGAAUUUUCCAACGACCAAAAACGUGGAGCCGAAUUGGCGGAACACUUGUCACACCUGAGCAAUACUUUCGAUGAAAGCGCAUCUGAAUUAGAGUCAAUUGUAGGAAAACUCUACUACAAUAUAAAUGAACCUCUAAGUGAAUCUGUUCAUAUGGCAGGCGCAGCAAGAGAAUUGUUAAAAUACCGAAAGCUAAAAGUCAUCCAAAAAGAUAUACUUAGCCGCACUUUACUUUACAAAAGAGCCCAACUCAAAAAACUGCAGGAACAAGAAACUGAGGCGAAGAAGAUAGAUACUCUAGUAGACCAAGAAUUAUCUAAGAGUGCACACAUAAAUCUGAAGAAUCCAGAAAGCAAAACUUAUAGUGGAAAACUCUUCAACAAAAUUAACAAAAUUGCUUCCAUGGUUAAGGAUACAGUCAGUUAUCAGGAUCCAGAUCCAUCCACUGCAAUCGAUAGCUUGCAAAAGGAUAUUCAGCAGCUUACGGAAUCAUUGAGUGUAAGCGUGAGUGACUUGAAAGUGAUAUCAUCCACUAUAAAAGAUGUAGAGUUGCCCAGCUUCUCGGGGGAUAGAAAUAAAGAGAUAUCAGAUAUUCUCAAAAAUUACUCAAAAUACUUGAAGUUUUACGCUCAAAACAACCUGAAGAUAUGGCAAGAAGUUAAAAGCUGUCAAGGAAUGUGA